GGAUAAUGAUGUUUACGCUUGAAAGCUUGCUGGACGGCCACCACAGCGUGGUGAGAAUUGAUCUCGGUGUGAAAACGUUGUUUGCCUGACUUCUGAUUUGAGGUUCAUUCUGCGCUUUCCUUCAUUCCAACAAUUAAUAGCACAAAGGGAGCUCUGUAUUAAAAACUGAAAAUAGGGGGAAAAAAUGGGAGAGUGGAAAGACUACGUUGCGGCUCUUCUCAAAGAGGAAACCGUGGAAGAUGCCGCUGUCGUCGGCUGUUCAGAGAGCAAGGCUGUCUGGGCUUCCAGACCUGGUGGUGUUCUGGCAGCUGUCAGCCCACAAGAAGUGGAGAUACUGAUGGGAAAUGAUCGGACAUCCUUCCUGAGGACUGGCAUUACCAUAGGAGGUAAAAAAGCCUCGGUUAUCAGAGACUAUCUGAUGAUCGAUGAAGAUUCAGCCAUGGACAUCAGGACCAAGGGCGACGAAGGGAAGUCAAUAGCCGUGGGAAGGACAGCGAAGGCACUGGUGUUUCUGAUAGGGAAGAGAGGGGUCCAUGGGGGCUUACUGAACAAGAAAGUCCACGACAUUGUGAAGUAUCUCAAAGAGAGAGGGAUUUAAAUCUCCUGCACAGCAGUGCAAACAGGUUACAGAAACAAUAAUAAAUCACGUUCAUUUUACCAUU